GCAUAACAAGAACGCGCAUUUGUGUCUGUGGCUUGCUACCGGGUCCCGCCAACCUGAAGCAGGCAGUCUUAUGUGAAGCGAGCUACGUUGCUGUUAUAUUAUUUCUUUUCUCGAACACAGUGGAGUUUUCUUUUAUCGCACGGGCUUUAUACACAGGGUGGGCUGAGCUCGAGCGGGAGGCUAUUUUACUUACGUCCUGGGCCUUUUCUUCUAUCAAGAUGUCGGCGCAGGCCCAAAUGCGCGCCAUGCUUGACCAGCUCAUGGGGACCUCUAGGGAUGGUUCAAUGUAUCUUUGCCUGCCUACUUCAAUCCGCAAGGGAGUUACAGAAAGGCCCCGCAUUCGCCGAGCCGUGACACAACACGUCAGCGUAUCAAGUUUAGUGAUGAAAGGGUAUGCAAAAGUCAUCUGCUCAACUGCUGCCCACAUGACAUUCUUUCUGGGACGAGAAUGGAUCUUGGAGAGUGUCUUAAAGUACAUGAUCUGGCAUUGAGAGCAGAUUAUGAAAUUGCAUCCAAACAACAGGAUUUCUUCUUUGAACUUGAUGCUAUGGACCAUUUGCAGUCUUUCAUUGCUGAUUGUGAUAGGAGGACUGACAUUGCUAAGAAAAGACUUGCUGAUACUCAAGAGGAGAUAAGUGCAGAAGUAGCUGCUAAGGCUGAAAGAGUACAUGAACUAAAUGAAGAGAUUGGAAAACUGCUGGCAAAGGCAGAGCAACUGGGAGCUGAGGGGAACGUUGAAGAAUCUCAAAAGGUUAUGGAUGAAGUUGAAAAGACAAGAAUUCGAAAAAGAGAAGCAGAGGAAAUCUACCGCAAUUCCAUGCCUGCCUCCAGCUUUCAGCAACAGAAGCUCAGAGUGUGUGAAGUUUGCUCUGCUUACUUGGGACUUCAUGAUAAUGAUAGGAGACUGGCUGACCACUUUGGGGGCAAAUUGCACUUGGGCUUUAUUGAAAUACGUGAGAAAUUGGAUGAGUUGAAGAGGCUUGUGGCAGAAAAACAGGAGAAGAGAAAUCUAGACAGGUUAAAACGAAGGGAAGAACGAGACCGGGAGGAACGAGACAAACUGAAAAGGAGCUCAAGAUCCCGAGACAGCCGUAGGCACAGGUCUCGGUCAUCUUCUAGAGAGCGUAAAAGAAAAACCAGGUCCAAGUCACGUGAGAAACGUCACCACCAUAAAUCUCGCUCAAGCAGUCGCAACCGCAGUCACAGCCACCACAGGAGCCGGGAAAGAAGCAGAGAUCGAAGCUCCAAAUCAAAAUCUUCAAGGGAUAAAGAGCGAGCAUCAAAAGAUAGAAGUACGACUGAUCGCUCAAGAGACUAUGAACACAAGCAUAAAAUGCGCACCAAUGAGAAUACCAACGGCAAAUCAGAGGAUCGUAGUUCAGAAGAGCGUGAGGCUGGGGAGAUCUGAGCCUGUUCAAUCUUUCUAGUUCUGCUAGCUUAGGUGCAAAGUCAAAUGCUAUUUGGGUAUGGAGGUUUUUUUUUUUGUUUGUUUUUACUUCGCCCCUCAAACACUUUGACUUAUAGUUGAAAAUGUACUGGAUUCUGCUUAUGCAUUCAGCAUAUAACAUCAUUGUAGACUGUUUCCUAAUGCACAAAAUAUGCUUCUUCCCAAAUCUGCAUGUAGUGUUUUUUUUGUUUUGUUUUUCCCCCUCAUAUGUUUUUCUAAAUUGAGAGGAGGAUAGACUUCUAUCCCAGAUAAUUAUAAAGAGGGAGCCCCUUUUAUACUUGAGCAUAAAAUACAGUGCUGUACAGUAAUUGACAAAACUGGUUUUAUCUUAUUUUGUUCUAAUAAACAUCCUUAAUCUGCA